AGGGAAGAAAGUCAGUGAGCCUGCCGUUCAAGAGAGAGCCUCAUCAGAGAGAGAGAGCAGUCAUCCUGAAGACCUGAACUAAUGCUUUGGAACACCUGUGCUAACUGUUCAUUGGAUGUUCAGUGGAGGAUUAAAUCUAAAACUCUUUAAGGGUCAUACAGCUGCUUCAUAAGUUCCAAAGCUGGUCUAUUACUGCAAGCUCAUGUGGGUGGUAGAAAAGAUCCGAGUGUCGGUGGAGAGGACCAACCUGCCCCUGCCGGUCUCGGAGUACACCUUCAAAAUCGGGGACAUCAUGUUUGGAGACAAGCACUCUGCGGAGAGAAGCAGGAAGGCCCUGCUGUGUCCCAACAUCAUCACGCCGGACACCAUCCCCGAGUUCUGCAUCCCUCCGAAGGUCCACACCACGCUGGAGACCAAGGCCGCGGAGCAGAGCAAGGCGUCCACCAUCAUGAGAGUACCGGCCCAGGAGAGAGGGAGCCCCAAGCGGGAGGCGCCUGGGCGGGAGCUGGUGGCCCACAUCAUCCAGGUGGAGAGCGUGGACGACAUGCCUUACGACAACGCCGGCAGCGACGAGGAGACCACCAACGCGGACCCCCAGAGCCAAGCGGCCCUGUCGCUGCCCCACCUGGCCAAAGCCCAGACCUGCUACGGCUUCUGCACGCUCCUGGAGAGCCCGCACACGCGCCGGAAGGAGUCUCUGUUCCACAACGACCCGAGCGCCAACGGGCUCCCCCUGGUUCUGCCCCGCAGCCGCUCCAACACGUACUCCCCCCGGGGCUCGCCCUCCGCCUCCCCGUCCCCGUCCCCGACCUCGCCCAACUUCAGCUUCAACGGCCUGACCAGCAGGCUGUCGCCCCGCGCCUUCGCCCUCCACCGGCAGGGCACGCUGGACAGCGACACCACCUCGUCCACCGAGUCGUCGCCCUUCAGCUCGCCUCUGCUGGCCCGCGGGCCCCCGCCCAAGUCCUCCCUCUUCAAGGCCCUGAGCCACGAGCGCCUGCUCUACCGCAACAUCCAGCGCAAGACCACCGUCUCGCGCAACAACUCGCUCUCCACGGACGAGAGCAGCUCCACGGACAACAGCCCCUGCGUGCUGCGGCGCGCCUCCGAGGGCCUGGUGGAGCCCAUGUCCCCGUGCGGAGGAGGCGGCGGCGGGGGCAGUUACGGCCUGGCGCCCCCCGCCAUCUUCCCCAUGGACCUGGUGCUGCAGCGCGAGCGCGUCAUGAGGGAGUGCCUGGUGUCGGUGGGGCGCGACGGCGUGCUGCGCCUCUCGGCCGAGUUCUGCCCCGAGAACCAGCGGCUGCGCGUGCGCCUCAUCAGCGCCGAGGGCCUCUACUCGCUCGCCGUCGACCCCAAGAGCAUCAACUGCAGCGUCAGCAUCUCGCUCGUGCCCGGCAAGGUCCAGAAGCAGCGCAGCACGGUCAUCCGGAAGAGCCGGAACCCCAUAUUCAACGAGGACUUCUUCUUCGAUGGCAUCUCGGAGGAGGACUUGUCUUUGUGGUCGCUGCGCUUUAAAGUGGUCAAUAAAAUGUCCACGAUGAAGAGAGACUAUAUCCUGGGGGACUGUGAACUCCCACUCACCAGCAUUAUCAACUUGUAAUUUUAGACUGAUGGUCCAUUCCCUUGAAUUUGUUCUUAUUUAUUAUCUUUGUAAAUUACAAAGGCUAUUUAUUUACUUUUUUAUAC